AUGGUAAAGAGGAAGAAUAGUGAAUCGGUAUCAAUUAAUUCAUCAAUUAAUUCUGAUCGUGAUGAUGAGCGAGAAGAAGAAGCAGAGGAAACAAAAACAUAUGAAUUGAAAAAGAAUUUAAAAAGGCUUGUACAAGAUGAAGGAUCAGAUGGAGAGGAAAAUUCUAUAGCAAUUAGUCAUCAUCUGAUGAGCAGUAGAGCCUUGGAAGAAUUGGAUGAAGAUGAAGUAAAACAAAAAGCUUCCGAAGAAGAAGAAGAAAAAGAAGAAGAAACAGAAAAGAAAAAACAACAACCACAAAAAGUUACUCCAUUGCCCUGGGGUAAAUUAUUUGUCGUCUUUUUCCUGUAUUUGUGUGAUAGUUUGACUUUCACAUCCCUAAUGCCCUAUAUUACAUUCAUGAUUGCUGAUUUUAACUUGACUGAUAAUCCAACAGAGUAUGGUUAUUAUGUUGGAUUGGUUGCUGCUGCAUACUUUCUUUCUCAAUUUAUUAGUUCCUUCUUUUGGGGAACUAUUUCGGAUAGUAUUGGAAGAAGGCCUGUUUUACUGUUUGGAACGUUUUUUGGUGGCCUUUGUGGAUUAAUGUUUGGAUUUUCGAGAUGGUUAUGGUGGGCAUGUAUUUGUAGAUUCAUGUUUGGUUUAUUGAAUGGUAAUUUGGGAGUUGUUAAAAGUUAUUUAGGAGAAAUUACUGAUAGUACCAAUCAGGCAAGAGCAUUCUCAUUGACUAGUAUUACAUUUGGUCUAUCAUCUGUGUUAGGACCAUUGCUUGGUGGUGUAUUUUCGAGACCUUAUCAACAAUAUCCAAGUUUUGUCAUGCUCUUCCCAGAGUGGAUACAAAACUUUGUUAUUCAAUUCCCUUACAUUUUACCAAGUUUUUUCAUUUCUAGCUUUUCCUUAGUUGGUUUCGUAUUGGGCUAUUUGAAACUGGAAGAGGCCAAUAAGAACAGUUGGUAUUAUAGAAAAUUUAUUGCCAAGGAAUCAGAAGAGAUUGCUGAUAAACACAAGAGUAAGGGAAGUACCAUUUCCAAAACAAAUUUAUUGUCAACUCCAACCGACGACCUCGAAGAACAGGAUCAAGAACCAAUUGUUAUUAAGGAAACCCUAUUGCAAAAACUCAAGAAUAAGUUCGAUAGUUUUAGAAAGCAUGAAAUGGUGGCCUCUCCUGUUCCAUUAACAACAUGCUUACUCUAUUUAUUAUUGGGAUCGAAACAAAUCAUGUUUGAUGAAUGUUUACCUCUCUUUGCUGUCCUUCCUAAAGAUAAGGGAGGAUUGGGAAUGUCCUCUUAUCAUCUUGGUUUAAUGGGAGGAUUUUUAGGAUUUAUCAUUUUUGUGAAUCAAUUAUUCAUUACACCUGUUGUUAUUGCCAAAUUCAGUCCAUUAACCUGUUAUCGUUGGAGUAUUUUGGUAGAUACUAUUUUCAAUGUCAUCUUCCCAGAAAUUAUUUGGUUAGUGGCUACUGAAGAUGAUCCAAUGUGGAAACAUGUGUUGUUUUGGAGUGUUCUUGGUCUUAUUCUCCUAGUAAGACAAGUUUCUAAUGGUUAUAGCUUCUUGGGUACUUUCCUCAUUACAAAUAACAGUGUUUCAAGGAAGAAUUAUGGUAAAUUGAAUGGUACUGCUCAAUCAUUUGUUGCACUUUCGAGAAUGGUGAGUCCAAUAAUUGGGGGAUCCAUAUUCGCUGGCUCUGUUGCAGUGUCCAAAUUUCCAAUCGACCAUCGUAUGGUAUUUUAUGUUAUUACUGUAAUUAGUGCAGUCAUGUUUUUCCUCUCAUUGAUUUUGAACAAGGCAAUCAACAAACCAAAGGAAGAAGCAAAGGCAGAUGAGGAAGCAAACAAAAAGUAA